AGAAGCUGAAGUGUUAAAGAAGAGUAAUCUUGCUACUAAGAUCAGGAAGGAAACUCCAUAUGUUUUGACAAGAAAAUCUCAGAAAACACCGACAACUCCUGGAAAUAUUAGAAAGUUGUACAGAUCUUUGGAUAUCUCAGUGAUAAAAACUCCAAAAACACCUGCUUCUGUGUACAGUGAAAUUGAUCAAAUCCCUCUAGAUAUAUCCAGAAUAUUUUCUUCUCAGAAGUCAUUUUUGGUGGACUCUGGCGAUGAAAAGGAAGAAGAAUUGAAAAUAAACAAAGAAGAGAACAUAAAGGGUCAUAAUUCAAAUAAAAAGGAUAAGAAGAAUGAAAUUGAGAAGCAGGAGGAAACAUAUAGCCCUUCUUCAGCUAUAAGUAAAAUAUUAUCCAGAAGUCUUGCAUCACUUAUUGACUUGGAAGAAAAGGGAGCAUUAGACACAACUGAUGAAAAUCCAACAUUAUCUCAAGAGGAUUCUCAAGAAUUAAAGACAGAGGAGAUAAACAGGAACAAGAAGAAAAAAUUAAAAUCAGGUGGAUUAAUUUCCGGUCCAACGACUACUACCAGACCAUCAAAAUCAUCAUUGAAAAGAAAAUAUAGUGCUAUCAUGACCUCAGAUUUAGAAAGUUCUCAGGAUGAUGAUGAUGAUCUAGAUAAGCCCUACAUUCCAAGAAAGUUGUUCAGAGAGCAGAAAUAUAUGGUGGAAGAACAAAUUUAUUCAAAUGAUAUAGUAUCAGACAGAAGUAGUGAGAUACUGUCUGAUGUAGAUCCUACAACAGAGGUCUCAACUUUACUCAAAGCUUUUGGCAUAGAUGUUCAGAGACAUAUCGGUGAAAAAAGACAUCAAUUGGAUUUGCUUACAAAAUCUGUUUUGAAGUCAACACAAAAGCAAAUGAAUACAGCUUGGAUAAUGCAGCAAAGGAAAAGGUCAUUCAUUUUGAAUAAAUAUCAGGGUAACAUGAUGAAGGAGCUCAUGGCACUGGAAAAAGAUGUAGCUUGCUUAAAGGAAGCAGAGGACAAUGCUUUGACAUUGUUCAAACAACAAAUGAAGCAUCUUCAACAGUUUAGAACAGAACAAGAGAAAAGAUUGUCUAAUCUAUGUGAAGUACAGGAAGACCUUGAAGAUGAAAUGAAGGAAGUAGAGAAUCAGUCAACAAAUCAACAUAUGAUGUUAAAAUCAAAGUUAAGAGAAGACCUGUCUCAAUUGCAGAAGAAGCUUUUGUUAGAAUCUCAAAAAGAAGAAUUGUAUCAUAUGAAGAGAAAUUUACAGACAAUAUUCUUUUGAUGACAGUGAUCAUGAAUAUUUACUUUCACAAUUAGCAUGUUGAAUAUUCUUCCUUGAAUAAGUGAAUAUUUAUCUGUAAGAUGUUCAAGAUGUCGUAGAUAUGGUGUAGCAGUAUUUCAGAUUAUGUUUUAAAAAUGUUGGUCAGGUUCAUCUGUAAAUGCUUGUAAAAUGAAGAAAUAAAUUAAUUCAUUCAUUCCAAUUUUGUUUUUGGCAAGGUAAUAUUUAUGUGAUAAUAGUAUAGAUUUUCAUCGUUUUAAAUAAUGAAAUAUGUCUUAGUAAGAACUGUGCUACAUUUUGUAGCUGAUUGUUUUUUCUUUCUGAGUUUGACCUAAUCUGAAACCAUUCUAAGUUAUAUAUUAUUUAAAUUUUUGGAGAAGAAAGGGUCUUCAAUCUUCAAAGAAAUGAAAGUUAGUUUUUAAGAAGAGCAAGGGGUUUUUAUCAACAAGCAUGUGUAUGCGGAUUAAUGAGAGGCUUAGAAUUCACAAUGUGAUGAAUAAUAUGCAAUUAUAAAAAUCACAUGUGUUCUUAUUUUAACACGGACACUUUUUUCUGAUCAUAUAAGUAGCAUAAUAAGUAAUAACUGUAAUUACAAGCCAUAAUUACACCCUGUCAUCAAAAUAGUUAAUAGCAACACAAUUUUGUUUAAAUUAAAUAUUCAACUCUUGAGUUGUUUAGUUGGUAUAUAACCAUGAUUGUAUUCUUCCAAAUAAUGUACCCUUUGAUUUAUUUUUUUCAAAGCAUUGCAGCCAUUUUGUAACAUGGAACCUUGUGCUUGCAAAUAUACUAUGUGCACAGAAUGCAUCAAAACACCACUUGGCAAUCAUUUUCAGUGUUCAAAGUGUAAUUUUUAGCUUAUUGCAUUGCAAGUAAGAAAACCAAAAUGAAAUAUCUGAGGGAGAAAAAUUUGAAUUGUGUAAACUGUUCAUGAAAAGUUUGAAGAUGUAUUUGACUUUUGUUUAUUCAUGAUAUGUUAGGAAGAUUUUUAAAACCAAAGAAAGGUUACCUGCUGUUGAUUUUAUUUACCAAGUUUUAUCUUUAUUUGUUAUGUUUUGAAAACUAUGUUGAAUAAUAAAUUGUUGAAUUCAAUUUAAGUACUGUUA